GUGAAACACUCGACACUCAGUGCCUCUGAUCCACAAGAAGUGACAACCAGUGCAUCAGUACAUCGACAGUGUCUUCAGUGCAGUGUUUGUCACAACAAUGGCUGACAGCGGGGACAGUGUGGACAGUGCGGGUCAGUUGGGGGCUACCAGUGCUCCGAAACUGUCACUUGUGGCCCAAUUUGACGACAUGUGUCGGUUCGCCAACUCUAUGAUUGCUGUCGAAGAACAAUCACUCAUUGAUCUGAUCCGUAAGUGCGAGUCUAAUCGGUUGGGAUGGCUGUCCACUCAUCGAGAACUGCUGGACGCGAAGAGUAAAUGCAAACAACUGGACGAACAGAACCGAGAGUUGGUGUCAAACCUACAACACGUGAGGUUUGGCUUCGGAAAAGAGGUGCAAAACAGAGAGGAUUUACUGAAGCAGAGGAAUGCGUUGAGGAGUCAGUUGAACGCCAUUAAGGACUUUGUGCUGAAGGAUCCGGUGGCCAACCAGAGCCAGGAGACCAGAGAUAAGGUGCUGUCGUAUCUCAAUCUAAACCAUUUGGAAACAGUCAAAGAAGACACGAACGAGUCUUUCUAUGGUCUCGACUUCGAUCGCAUUGAAGACAACAUAUUGAGUGAAUCGGUGGCCAACAGACGGAAGAGCGGCAAACGGAAGAGCACUGAAUGCGAGCCAAACGCCGCCGAACGGACCAAAUAUGCGAUGACUCGGCGCUCGAAUGACGGCUUUCUUGAGCCACACUUUGGCGACCGAUUGGCCCCCAAAGCCGUGUUCGACGACAACAUCGACUUGGAUUCGCCGACUCUGGAGACGCCGGCGCCGCGCACUUCACUCAAUGCCAACCAAAUGCCUGACGAGAGGUAUGGCGUCGUCUCGAAGAGCACUCCACGCAUGGGUUCACUGAACUCACGGCUCUUCUCAGACGCUAAUCGACGCAAUCUUUCGCCCAUUUUCUCGACGACUCCUUUAGAGGAGAGGAAACACAACUUAAUUCAGAAGAAGGCCUUCAAACCGGCCUAUUGUGGGCCCUGUCGUGAAGCCAUUGGAUUCUUCGGCACAUUCUUGUGCUGCGAAGACUGUCGUGUGAUUUGUCACAUCAAAUGCAAGAGUCGACUACCGGUGCCAUGCAUUCCAUUCCGCAAACCCAAUGGAAAGAGCUCUCAAAUGGUGUUAAUCGCAGACUUCGCGCCACAAACGCGUCCAAUGAUUCCGGACUAUAGAGUAUACAAACACGAAUUCAGUGGCCGUCUCAUAGACUUCAUGAAGUUUGACGAUUCGGUCGCUUUGGCUGGCCGUCAGAAGUACUCGGAUCUCAUGGUCAUAGAGUACCGAGUGCAGUAA